GCGUGCCUAUAACGGAGUGCAACCUACGCAUGGACUACCGUGGUCUCAUGAACGUCAUCAACUGGGUGGACACGUUACUGACUCUCGUGGUGCCUUUCAUCAUGAUCGUCGUCAUGAACACCCUCAUCGCACGACAGCUCAUCAGGUUCUCCAGAAGGUAUCGCAACAGGGACGACGUCUUCCACCUGCAGGAGGUCAACGGAGGUCAAGCCAAUGGUCACAAAUCCGGGGGCACCAGCAGCCAUAGCCACAGCGGAAGGGGGGGCGCCGGACCCUGCCACAGCGCAUCCUCAGGGACGGGGCGCGGGGGAGUACCUAGACAGCCACCUCCCUCCUCCUCCUCCUCCACCACUAAGAACAACAACAACCUGAAGAUGGCAACCCACUUCGCCUCUUCUGCAGCCACAGUGCUUUCCUACACAAGCAAGAACCCCCGCAGCAUCCUAUCCACGCGCACCCAGUACUCCAUCACCAAGAUGCUGCUGCUCAUCUCUACAGUGUUCAUCAUACUAAACCUGCCCAGCCACGUGAUUCGCGUCCACGCCUUCCUCAGCAGUCUCUGGGGCAGCGAGCAGGAGGCAGACGAGGUGCUGAUGUGGAACCUGCAGCAACUCUUCAUGCAGCUGCAAUACACGCACUUCAGCAUCAACUUUGUCUUCUACUCCACCUGCGGCGCCACCUUCAGGAAGUGUCUCUUCCAGCUGCUUCCCACCAAGGUCCGCACGUGUUGCCGCCGCAGUCCGAACUCCCAGCGGUACCAGUAGGAGGGACACACCAGGGCGCCCUUUGUGGUGUGUGGAUAAUUCUCCUCUCCAGGUUUACCGGUUAGUGCCUGGACGUGUACUGUACCGGGUGGCCUGUCCCCCGCUCAGUUGUGAACGCGGGGAGGCGCACCAGCCCUCCGCCAUCGACUGCAAGGGUUAUUAAGUGUCCCCGGGGCGCAGGGCGGCAGACGGCGCGGUGUGGACUCCUAACAAUACUCCUCGUGUCCUGGGGAGGUAUUGGUGUUGGCGCGGCUCUUUCAUCGCCGCCGCCGCCGCCGCCGCCUCCUGCUUCAAUAAACGUGACUGACAGCAACACUUCACCUGACGUGUGGUUGCCGACCUGAGCCUCACGUCACCUUCAUGCUUCCACCGGUGAUUUCCUCUCGGACCUCACCACUUUAGGGCCUCACCGAGCACUCCACCAACGCUCCAUCCCUCCGCCCUCCACCACCUCAACCAUGGAGGAGAAAAAGGCGGAGGCGGUGAGAGGAGGUUAACCGCUUGGAGAGGCUCCUGUAGUGGGUUUUGGACUCAGACCAGGUAGAGACGAGAACACAAAACACUUAACCCACUCAAUACUCCUGAAAGCAUCCUUCACCUGAGCCGCCUGGAUGAGGGGCCGUGAAGGGCGCGAUAUUGCAAUAGACACCUGAAGAAGGGAAGGGGCGAGAUGAGAGGCAGGUAGUGAGGAAAGAAGACGAAAGGAUGAAGAACUGAGAGCAUGGAGGAGGAGGAGGAUGAAGUGAAGUUACUGAAGGCUUGGUAGGCUUAAUCAUGGUUCCCUGUCUGUCUCUACCACUAACUGGGACCAUCUGAGCACCUGUUAAUAGAGGGAGAUUAGUGAGGUGGUCAGGUGCUUAACUAUCUCAAGUACCCAAGGCUUUAAAAGGUAAGAAUAGUACCUAUUUUUUACCAGAAAUUAAUGAGCAACAGGGAAAAGGGAAACAAAAGAGGGCAUUGAGGAAAAAAAAUCAUGGGUUGUGAACUCAAAAUUAUGGCUUCCUAAUCAUGGUUUGUUUGUUUUUGUUUGUUUGUCAGGGAAAAUGGAGACAAAAUAGCAUAAAUAACGAAAUGAGAAAAAUCAUGCGUAGUGAACUCAAAAUUAUGGUUUCCCAAUUUAUUUAUUUAUUUUAUUUAUUUAUUUAUUUAUUUAUUUAUUUAUUUAUUUAUUUAUUUUUUUUUUUUUUUUCGUCGAGGGAAAUUUACUAGUUUCCCUGGACGUGUUGAUGGAAGUGCAGGUUUCAUUUAAAGGGAAAUUCAAGUAUCUGGCAACAAUUUUUUUUUUUUUUUUUUUUCUGCACAGUUUAAAAAUCAUGUAUGCUCUCCCUGUUCUUUUCUUCCACCGAUUUAGAAAAGUUUAUAACGCUAACGAGGACACUACGCGGAAGGACACAAACACCUCAGUAGUUUGAAGAAUACAUUAACACCACAGUAAAAGCUUAAGACGAAAAAAGAAAAAAAAGAAAAAAAACUAUAAACAUCCAUGAAAUAAACCUUGAAAUUCACCACAGAAAAAAAAAACCUGAAAAUACAAAUCGAAACAAAAUUCACGAAUCAUUAAAUCUUAGUCGACUGAAUCAUUUAUCAAUUAAUUUCACUUCAACUCUGAAAAAUCACCCAAGGACACCUGUGAUUAAAACGGGGCCAAAACUGCAGCUUAAUUAACGCAAAUGAUAGCAGGUGCUCUGCAGGUGUUGCCUUAAUUGCUCACGUCAUUCAGGUACCAAUACCAUGCUAACUAGGCGGCAGGUGACAGGUGACGGGUGACAGGAUGGCCAGGUGAGAGAGCGUACCUGUGUUAUCAAAGGUAAGCAUGAAUGACUCAAAUCUACAAGGGAUAAGCGAGAUAAUGAGACAAUAAGGAUGAAACAUGAAACCCUUAAGCCACACACACACACACACACACACACACACUUCUAUCAUAACAGAGAAAGAAACAACGAACCACUAACUAAUUUUAUGAGUUUUUUCCCGUCUUUUUCCCCAUCCUUUCCUAUCUCUUCCUUUUACUUUCCUCCUCACGAAUAAUUUUCCUCAUUCCAAUUUUUUGAGCAAGUUACCGCGAAGACCUCAGAGCGACACAAAAAACAGAAAACGGGAAAAUGAAUCUGGUGUCUUCGUUUUCCUCUUUCCCGGAGAGAGAGAGAGAGAGAGAGAGAGAGAGAGAGAAAAAGUUCUCCAAUAUGCAAAUUUUACGUAAGAGUUUCAGAUAUAGGAAAAGGAAAGCAAGCAACCACCCAACUCUCUCUCUCUCUCUCUCUCUCUCUCUCUCUCUCUCUCUCUCUCUCUCUCUCUCUGUCUGUACAAG